AUGUUUAAUAAAGAAUGGAAGUUGAACGAAUAUCUAACUUAUAUACUUCUUACGUUAGUAUUUUUAUCAUCUUGGACAGACAUAAAUGGUAUAUUUACUGAACUACCUCAAAUCGUUUUAACACAACCAGAAGGUUGGAAAUUAGGUACUUAUAUUGGACUUGUUGCGAGUAUGAGUAAUAUUGCACCAUUGAUACUUGUUUUUUCUAAAUGUAUUUUUCGAAAACAAUCUCUUAAUGUUAUUCCAAUAAACUAUAUUGUUAUUAUUAUUGGUAUGUCAUCAUGUUUAUUACUCGUUUUCUUUUGGUCUAAUACAACUUAUAUAUACAAUCGAAAUCGUAGUUUAGCUCUUUUUAUUCUUACCUUCUUCCUAGCAUUACUUGAUUGUACAUCAAUGGUAACAUUUUCUCAUUAUAUGACACGUUUUCGACGUGAAUUUACAAGUGCUCUUUUUCUGGGUGAAAGUCUUACCAUGGUUAUUCCAAGUCUUCUGGCUAUGAUGCAAGGUAAUGGACAACUUACAUGUAUUCCUUCAUCUAAUAACAAUACGACUAUUGCUAUUUAUAAAACGGCUCGAUUUUCAGUUUCAAUCUAUUUUCUUUGUAUUUUUUUCAUAUUGGUUGUAUCAUUUAUUGCAUUCGUACUUCUACAAUGGACAAAAAUUGCUCAAACUAGUAGUCAAGAUGCUACCAAAGAGCCAAUGAUGUUAGAAACUAAUGAUGAAAAUGCAGUGAACAUUAUGAUUGACUCUGAUAGUACUAUCAAAUCACAACGACAUAAACUAACUCCUCUAUUUUAUCUUCUGCUUUUAUCUGGAUCAGCUUAUACAAGUUCAAUUAUAUUCGGAAUGGUUUUCUCUAUUUCAGCCUACGUUCUCAUGCCAUAUGGUCAUCAAAUUUUUUAUUUGGGUACAAUUCUUUCUCCAUGGAUGUUCUCACUUGUAUGGUUAUUUGGUACAAUUAAACCAUUUGUCGCAAAACGUUAUUUGUUACUUUUGAUUAUAUUAGGAUCGAUUACAUUUAGUUUUGAGUUAACACUAGCAUUCAAAAGUCCUUGUCCACCGUUGAUUAACACCAUGAAAGGUAAUGUUCUUAUUCUUGUUAUUUGGCUGAGUACCUUUCUUCUUCUUGGUUAUCCUCGUCUUGUUAUUGCUAAUUAUGUUCGUCUUCACUCAUCAAAUGGAAUGUUCUGGUUUGGUGCUAAUGUACAGUUCGGUGCUUUAAUGGGUUCUAUUAUUGCUUACCUUCUGGUUGAAACAUUCUCACUAUUUAAAGAACAAUUACCAUGUGAAAAGAUUCAAUGUUAA